AUGGCUAGAGGGUCACCGGAACUGGUGUAUUGGUAUCAUGUAGAGCAGUUUUCUCCUGUAGUGAUUAGACAGACUUGGGAUGAUGUAGAUGAAGCUGCUGAAGGAGAUGAGUUGGGAGGAGCAAAUGCAGUAUCUGUGAGAUUGCUUUCCCUUGUGCCUGAUUGGGAUAUUUCUUGUGGAGCCGUCGCUUCAGAAGGGUCCGUCGUCUCGGAAGGAUCAAAAGUUUCCGCUGAAGUCGGAGUGAUAGUUUCAGAAGCUAGCGAAUCAGAAGGAGAGGGAGUGAUCUCCGACUCUACGGAAUGCGUAAGGGAUCUUGCAGAAAUAGUUUGA